AUGUCUGUCAUUUACAAGGACCGCGACGAACCGCGCACAUACACGACUGUCCGCCGCUACCGAGUACCAGACCGAACAACAUUCGAAGAAGAGGAUACCUACGAGAAACAGAUCGUCAUCAAGCGCGACCGCGAACAGCCUCCACGAUAUGACCGCGAGCUCGAGUACCGCACCCGCGAGCGAGACGCUCCGAGAGAAGUCAUCCGCUACGAACGAAAUGUCGAGCGUGCGCCUUCCCCUCCAGAUCGAGUCCGCGAAUUUCGCUAUGAACGAGAGGUAGAGCGCGAGCCACCUCGUCACGACCAAUGGGAUCUGGAGAGGUACACUCGCUCCACCGAGUACUACCAACCACAACCCAUCGUCAUACGCCAACAACCACAACCAAUUAUCAUCAAGGAAGCCCCUCGACAGCCCGUCAUCCUUCAGCGAGAGGAGCCACAGUAUGAACUCAUCGAGCGUGACGAUACGCAAAGAAGGAGGGAUGACGAUGACUACUAUUACGAACGGACCACCCGUGAAGUCGAUCGAGGUCCGCGUCGUGGAGGUGGCGGUGGUGAGGACUUCUAUGAUGAGCGUGGUUAUGAACGCCGUGUUGACCCGCGAGACUCAGCUUCCAACUACGCCGACGACCGAUACAGCAGCGACGAGGAUAUCAUUAUCACUCGCACAGAACGAAACGGCGGCUCGCGCGACCACUCGCCUCACCACCGCCGUCAUCUAGCUGAAGGUGCCAUAGCCGGUCUUGGAGCCGCCGAAAUCCUUCGCCAGCAUCGUCGAAAACAAGGAGAGGAAGGUGGUCACCGUGGUCGUCAACUUUUGGGCGGUGCUGCACUGGGCGCUGUCGGUGCCGAAGCCCUGAGCCGUGCCAGGAGUCAUAUGCGGAGCUCCCGCUCGAGAUCAAGCUCCAGUAACCGCUCGAAACGUUCCAGCCGGCGUGAAAGACGUCGCCGUCACCGCAGCAAGAGCCGAAGUAGGAGUCGCUCUCGUGCGCGUACUUUAGCCAAAGUCGGUACAGUUGCCGCCGUUGGAGCUCUCGCAGCAUAUGCCCUUCGAAACAGAGGUAACAAGGAAACGGUAAUCGUUAACAACGAGCUCCCACCACCACGUCGCAGCAGGUCUAGAAGACGCCGUUCCUCUGUUGGUAGUGCACCCCCUCCGUUGGACGCCCGAAACAGAAGCAGGAGCGAAAGCAAGCAUCGCGAUCCCGAGCAUCGCAACCGUCGUAUCGCUCAGGCUGGUCUCGCAACUGCUGCAGCUGCCGGUAUUCUGGAUCGUGUGCGUAGUCGUUCACGGGGCGGCAAGAAGUCCCGUUCAAAGAGCAGGACCCGUACAGGUGUACCAAUCGCUGCUGCUGGAUUGGGCGGUGCUGCUCUUGCCGGCUUGUAUGAGCGGAGUAAGGCUCGCAAAGAAGCUGUCAGAGACGACGCUUCCGAACCCAGACGUCCUAGAUCCAGAUCCCGGUCCCGUAGCCGAUCUGUUCCUUACCCGGAUGAUGAGCCUCGCUUGCGUAGAGCUUCGAGUGAUCCCGCGCUUAUAGAAUAUGGCGACGAUCCAAUCUACCCGAACCGACGUUACGAGGAACCACCAGCUGAAUACCGUCGCAGGCGCAGAGGCAGUUCUGCCUCGUUGAGCCCUGACAGACGCAGACACGACAGAUCGAGUCGUUCAAGGUCGAGAAGCCGUAGCCGAACUAGAGGUUUGGCUGAGGGUGCUGCUGCUGCUGGCGUCGCUGCCAUUGCUGCUCACGAACUGGGUAAACAGAAUGAGCGUAGGAGAUCAGACCGUGACCGAGACCGAGAGCGUAGACGCCGUGAGGAAGAGGAUGAAAUGUACGCACAUGACAGACCAUACUCUCCACCACCAAUGGGUGCCAACGCUGCGUACCCUCCGACACCCCAGAGCCAUGAAUUCUACCCUGCCACCAACUCAUUCCCUCCUCCGCCAACCGACAACUACGGACACCAGGCCGACUAUCCGUACCAGCCUUACAAUCCUGCCGAUUACCCUCCACCUCCUGCAGCAGGCGGUGCUACUCGUGGCCGACAUGAUGAACGCUAUCCCAGUCCCGAACCGAAUCUGGGCUAUCCUCCUGCCAACGAAACGUUUGCUGGUGACGCGCGCUACGCCGGUGAUGAUCGCGGCAGGCCGGGUCGAGACCAUGUGAGUUCCAACGCUCCUUCCGGUUCUUAUUCUGAUCCACACGACUCUUCCGAUGGCGUAAACAAGAAGAGUGUGCAAUUCAAUGUACCGCCCAGCGAAGGCAUGAGUUCGCCAGAUGCGCAAAGGAAAGGCAACACUCGACAGGCAGAUCAAGAUAUGGACUACUCAGAAAGCGACGGACACGACGACAGAAUCAGAACGAGAAGCGAAUUGAGCAGCGACGGCACUACAGAAACAGAGCACAAGCGCAGAAGACGCAGGCGCCGCCGCUACAACGACGAAGACAUUGACCAACAUGAGCGUGACGGCAGUCACAACAAUACCCAGCAUCGCCGCCGUAGACGCCGCAGAUCCCGCGACCCUUUAGCACAACGACGCACAGGCUCGCCAGACAGCAUCAGCUCCAGCGAAACAGUCGAACUACCACCACGUUUUGAUCAAGAAGGCCGCAAGGUACCGGAACGAGGCGAAGACCCACUGGCCGACAAGAUUGAAGACUUGCUCAGUGGCAAAGGUCUCGCUGGAGGCAUUUUCAAACGACUCACUGGUGAUUUCCUCGGCGACGGUGCUUCGAAGAAGAGACGUUGA